AAUGUUCUGUGUUUCUUGUGAGAAACUAAAGGCUCUCUUCAUCAGAAUUAAUUUCAUUUUUACCAUACAUCUAGGAAAAUAUAAAUGGUAUUUUAACAUUUUGUUAAAGGGGGACGAGAGAGGCCAAAGUAUGUAGCAAAUUUUCCACAUCUGCAGUAAGGCGGGUGUGGGACUGAGGGUAAAGUCUCAGCUGUUGAUUUCUGACACAGGCACAGAACCACCCAUUUUUCUCAGGAAGAGGCUAAAUCAUGUUCACAGGAAUCCUCUCUGUACCACCUAAGAUCCCGCAGACAAGUAGCAUCUAGUCUGUUGUUCUAAAUGUCUGAGGCUGCUGAACUUCAUUCGGUUCCAGUUUCUGCUGAGGCUCAGUAGGGAAAGCUCUGUUCUGGGGGACAUGCGAUGGUAGCACACUAUUCCCGCUACAGGGAGCUUAAAGAGGACUGCUCCUUACAUACCCUGUGGUAUCUGUAAGUGGCAUCAUCAAGAGCAGAGAUUACUCUGGUCAGAGGAACGUCCUGCUGUCUCUGCAGAGGCUCUCAUUGGUAAAGAGGAAGAACGACGGCACCCACAACUUUGUGAAGGCAGCAGUGCAUAGAGGAGGGACCCUGGGCCGGUCUCCUGAGCUCCAUCCAAGUUGCUUCCUUUGUUACUCAGUUUUGUCAUCUGUUCGUAGGAUACUAUAAUAAUGCCUACCUCUGUCAAUUGCUGCACUGAAUUAGAUGGCCUAUUUAUUGUAACUCUCCCGGGACAGUUGUUGGCACAGAGUAAACACUGUCUAUUAGUUUCUUUUUUUUUUUUUUGAGAUGGAGUUUCGCUGUUGUGUCCCAGACUGGAGUGCAAUGGCAUGAUCUCGGCUCACCACAACCUCCGCCUUCUGGGUUCAAGCAAUUCUCCUGCCUCAGCCUCUCGAGUAGCUGGGACUACAGAAAACGACAAAGAUGAGGAUGAAGAUGUUCAUGUCACGGAGGCUGAGAACAUCCAGGAAUCAAGUGCCCCCAGGAAUCUGCAGGAGUAUGUGGAGGAGGAAGCCCCCGAGGAGUCCUGGGAUGAAGAUGAUUCAACUCUCUCAAUUCCUCCUGGCACAUUUGCCUUCAAUGAGCCUUACAGGACCAACUUGCACUCAUUAGAGGAACAGCAGGUCAACUUGGCUCAUGACAUAGACAAGAUUAAAACAGACCAAGAAGAGGAAGAAGACCAAGGCCCACUGUGCCCCAGGCUCAGCAUGGAGCUGGUGGAAGCAGAAGAGCCUGAAGUCUUCUGGUACUCACUGGAUAUAUUGUAUUCAACAUAUACAGCUUAUCUUGAGUUUUAUUACACAUGCCAGGCUUACACAUAUGCCAUUUUUUUAUAUGCAGAAGAGCAUGUUCGCUUGACUUUGGACAUGGACAGUGGGUUUCUUACUAUGACAGUGAUAGGACUCCACCUGGUCUCCCGGAUAGGUGUCAUAUUCCCACACUAAGACAACGUGUCACACGGGACUCUGCCGGUGCAGAGUAUGAACCACGCCAUGUUCUUGCUGAAAACGCUUAGCCCGAGUUUCAUCGCCUGAGGUAAUGUCCAGACAACUUCCAAUGUAGAACAAGUGAGCAGCACAACUGACCUGUCUCCUUCAGACAGCCCAUGUCACCACAAAUCACACAACUGAAAGUAGAAGAGAUGUUUUGGGUUGAAAAAGAGUAAAAAGAUAAUGUAGCUACAUUUCUUUAGUUCUUUUGAACCCAAAGUGUCUUUUCACCUUGUUGUUGUUGUCGUUGAUGGUGGUGACAUGGGCUUUUUUGUAGAGGACAGGUCAGCUGUCCGGCUCAAUGGUCUGUACUCUGAAGUUGUCUGAAAAUGUCCUCAUGCUUAAAUUCAGCCUAAGUGUUUUUCCGGGAACACUGCAGGGUCAAUGCUACCUCACCCAUCUGCAGGUAGAGAAGGUCCCGUGUGUCUACCACCAUGAUUGUGAUACCAGGACUUUUCCACCAUUUGUCUAUCACCAUGAUCAUGAUGCCAGAUCUGUACCUUUCAGAGACACCUUAUUUAUGCAGAUAUAUAUAUUUAUUCAGAGACACCUUAUUUAUACGGAUAUAUAUAUUCAGCGACACCUUAUUUAUACGGAGAUAUAUAUAUAUAUAUAUUUAUACGGAAGUAACUGGAAAAAUGGUUUUCAAAAGUAUUAAUAUCCUGUAUUCAAAUGAUCAUCCCUCAACAUUUUAUUAUUCAUUAAUCAUCCCUUGCUGUGUAAAUUAUUGUAUUUACAUCUCUACACUGGAAAUUUUCUAUUUUUGCAGUAUAUUCGCUUUUGUUGGUUUCUGCUGUUGAACCAAAAAAAUUCCCUGCCUGCAUUUCAAUUUUUGCCAAAGUUAAUUUUAAUCUAUACAAUGAAAACUUUUUUCCUCAAGAUAAGACUGUCAGCACCUAAGGCCGUAGCAAAACAGAGCCUUUGCUAAUUUUUAAGCCUUUGUUAAUUUCUGACUGAGGAGAGAGGUAGUUUAUUUAAUUAGCUGCUAAUAUCUAUUUAAGUGAACAGCCAGAGAAAUAUCUAUCAGACUAAGGAUGUACAAAGCCCAGGCCAUUCUCUUUGAGUCUUUUAAACUAUUUCAGAAGAGAAGGGAAUAGGCAGAUUCCACAUAUGUGGACAGGAAGGAGAAUACACUAAAAGACACAACCGUUUUUCAGAACAGAAUAGAAAAUCCAUUAAAAUGCAUGAAAUAUUUUCUCAUGAAAUGUAAUCUCUCUAAACUUAGCCAUUAUAUGAAAGUCAAUUCUUAAUAUGCCACACUACAUUGACUGUUGACAUUCAUAAGAAUUCAUUUCCAUGUUUGUUAUUUGAAAAAGCAAAAGGACUGUAAUCCUUUGUUUUCUUUGCCAUGAUCAUUUUAAGAUUGAGGAUUUUUUUCCAAAAUAAAAUUAAAGAUUUUAAAGAUUGAAAAUUGACAUUAAAAU